CUACCAUUUAAAAAGCCUGAUGACAAACCUAUCUACAGUCUUAUGGCAAACUUGUCUACAAAGCCUGAAGAUAAACACGAUAUUGGUGCACUCAAAAUAGUAGGAGAGAGAAAUAAUUAUUCGACUGUAAACAUACUACUCACUGGUCUCUACCAGCUGCAAAGCCAUCUUAACAAAAACAAGGUUUUGCUGGCAUUCAGGAGAAUGAGUACGCAUUUCUUCUUCACGAUGAUAAAACCUUUGUUAAGGCUACCAUUAUUACCAUGGAGUAGGCUGCUGUAUUCAUCACGUGCAUGUGUUUUAUCGAAACACAUGUCAUCUGCCAGUACUACCACCACUAACAGCAUGUCACCUGUAAACACGCACAAAGAGAUAAAGUCCGUGGAUGACUUGCCAGGAUUCGGAAUGUGGAAGUCACUCUACUGGCUGAUUAUCAGAGGUUACCUGCUCAGGACUCAUGAACUGCAGAUUGUUCACAAGAAGAUUUAUGGACCAAUUUGGAAGUCUAGGUUUGGUCGGUAUGAGAACAUCAAUGUUGCUGAUGCGAGCUUGAUGGAACAGGUCCUACGACAUGAAGGAAGAUUCCCCAGGAGGGUAGACAAUAUUGAGUGGAAAGAGUAUCGUGCCCUGCGGAAGCUGGAAUAUGGACCAUUCCUCCAGGAGGGGGAAAGAUGGUACAACCUCAGAACUGUAUUAAACCAAAAGUUGCUGAAGCCAAAGGAAGCAAAACUGUAUGACCAAGUCAUAAACCAAGUUGUAACAGACUUGGUGAAGCGAUUUUAUUGGCUACGAGAGAACAAAGGUGCUGGUGCCAUUGUGCCUGAUGUUGUGAAUGAGCUGUACCGGUUUGGCUUUGAAGGCAUUUCCUCCAUUGUAUUUGAAACUCGACUUGGCUGCCUUGAGAAGAAUGUGCCAAAGGAGACCCAAGACUUCAUUAAUUCAGUUGGCAAUAUGCUCUACUAUUUUAUUUUGGUCAUUGUUAUACCCAAAUGGGCUGAGCGAAUUUUGCCCUUCUACAAUAAAUACAUUGAAGCCUGGGAUACAAUCUUCAAUUAUGCAAAGAAACUCAUUGACAAAAAAAUGGACCAGAUCCAAGCUCGAUUAGACAGACAAGAGCCUGUGGAAGGUGAAUAUCUCACAUACCUUUUGUCUGAUGGGCGGCUCACCCAGUCUGAAAUCUACAGUGCUGUGACAGAAGUCUUGUUGGCUGGAGUGGACACUACAUCUAAUACUUUAUCCUGGUCCCUCUAUCACCUAGCCAAGGAACAGGACAUCCAAGAUGCUCUCUACCAAGAGAUUAUUAGCAUUACCCCAGGAACACAGAUCCCCACAGCACAAGACGUGGACAGAAUGCCACUUCUGAAAGCUGUGAUAAAAGAAACAUUAAGACUUUACCCUGUUGUUCCUACCAACUCACGGGUCCUGGAAAAUGACAUUGUCCUAAAUGGCUAUUGUAUACCCAGAGAGUCUUUGUUCAUACUGAACCACUAUGCUGCAAGCAUGGAUGAAAAAGAUUAUCCUGAUGCAUUUGCUUUUCGACCUGAGAGAUGGAUCCGAGGCAAGGAGGUUCUCAAGAGGCAUCCCUUCAGCUCUUUACCUUUUGGGUAUGGGGUACGAGCCUGCCUUGGCAGAAGGAUUGCAGAACUGGAAAUGCAUCUUUCCCUGGCACGGCUGAUGAAACACUUUCAGGUGAAACCAGAUCCCAAGAAGAAAAUCAUCCAUCCUAGAACAAGGACUCUAAUGACUCCUGGAUCUCAAAUGGAUCUCCAGUUUCUGGACAGAAGCUCAUCAGCCUAGAUGCCUUUAGUCUGUGUACAGAGUUCUGUGUGAAUUCCAGUAGCCAUCUGAAAAGAAUAAUGCCUCCCUGUCAUAAUUUUGAAGUAUCUAACAAGUAAUUUGAGUAGUUAGUUUCACCACAUCCAAAAUCUGCACAUCAGGAUGAUAUGGAUAGCCAUUUAUAUAAACUGAAGUAACAUAGCUUAGAUUUUAUCAGUAAAAUAAACAGCAGGUAGGAAUUUUCUCUCACUGCACUCAUGCUUCUACCAUAAAAUAAAAUCAUUACACAGAAGAAUAAAGGAACAACUGAAAUCACAAUGAAGGAGUUUAUACCAGAAUGAACAAAUGAGUUUAGUGUCAACCACAUCCAUUUGGUGAUUACAGAUGCACAAACGGGAAUUUUUACAUAGCUCAGAAACUGAUGACAGGGCUCAGUUAAAAAAAAAUAUAUAUUUUUUUAAUUAGUUGAGCAAAGAAUUAUUUUUUUUUUAUUUAGCAGUCCGUAGCUGAAGCUUAAAAGCCAUUAAUAAUGCCCUGUAGAUUAUAUACUUGGAAAAUAGGGAGACUCUAUAAGGUACAUCUAUGAACACUUUGAGAUUAGACAUCAGUGGCUUACAGUUUGUGAUAUUUGUCAGGAUGUGUUUUCUUGUAAGUCACAGCAAAAAAUAGAUCCAUUAUUGUUUAAGUAAGCUACCCAUCAUAGGUUCAUAGGUUUAUAAGUGUGUACUAGGCUAAUGGCUUCAGAGCCUUUACAACCCUAGCCCAUUGAAGUGCCCUA